AUGAAGGAGAUCGUAGGAAUCUGGGUGACUUGGAACCUGAACAUCUGGGACCGCCCCGAAGACUUCCUCAAGAAACGCCUGACGAAAAACCCGACAUUCCUCAUCUUGAACUACAUAUCCUUAUUUUCUGUUGUUUCCAAAGACUUUGCGGUUGAAAUCAGAGACUGGCGUCUUCAGUUCGGCUACCUGACGGCCAUCUUCGGUCUUGUGACCGCUUGCUCGUGGUAUUUCAUCUUCGGGUACUUUGACGAGUACUUUUUUCUGGUGACGGUGAGUGCCCUGGUCACGUGCAUGUACCUGAUCGGGUGUUUCCGCCAGCCUCGGAAACUCGUGCUCAACUCCGAGUCGCUGGAGUACCAGUGGUACAAGGGCGAGGACCUGGUGUACCGCGGGCACUACCACAACGUGUACCUACGGCUGGCUGGACAGAGUACAGGCAGCGCUAUCUAUUACAAGCUGGUCAUUCGCGGCUACAAAAUUGAAGGACAGGAUUUGUGCAGGGGAACGAAGAAUAGAGAGAAACUGAUCAAGCUUGCGAGACGUCUUGCGGCAAAACUUAACCUCAAUUUCUUCGACUACGAGGAUUCAUCAAGUAGUCAUGCUAUUCGUCACUACUGUCCACCUGCGACCGACAGAAAGACAAGCAGUACGGCACGGUCUACUGGAAGCGCCGCCUAACGAGCCCACUUGGUAUCACAUCCUUCUGACCAAGCCACAACACUUGCCAGUAUUUUAACGCAUUGUUGUCUACGAAUGUCUUUUGACAACUGAAUUUCUGUGCAACGAGUAAAAAUGUAAGAAAUUACGAUAAAUAUACUGAUGAUACAGAAUAAAA